AUGGGAGACAUCACUGGAUCAGGUCCCUCGGCCCACACGCCCCGUCGUGCCUGGGGCCUCAGGAAGGCCCUCAACUGGUCCAUCCCAGUCUCCAUAAAUCCGGAGACUCCUGGGCGCUACCAAGCCACGAUCUGUCUCUACCCCACCCAGCCUAGUUGUCUCCGUCUCCCAGGCUUGGAGCGCUCCACCCUGCCCUCCACCCCUGGUACCAGCGUCCUGGAGACCCGUUCUCCCCACCCACUGCCUGACAGCCCUCCACCCUGGUACCCAGCGUCCAGAGACCCCGUUCCCAGCUUCACUGGCCUGACAGCCUCCAGCCACUGGUACAGCGUCCUGGAGACCCCGUUCUCCCCACCCCACUGCCUGACAGCCCCCAACCCCUGGGGUUACCCCAGCGUCCAAGAGCCCCGUUCUCCACUGCCUGGACAGCCCUCCACACCUGGUAACCAGCGUCCCGGAGACCCCGUUCUCCCCCACCCAAGCUGCUGCAGCCCUCCACCCCUGGUACCAGCGGCCUGGAGACCCCGUGUCUCCCCACCACUGCUGACCCUCCACCCGCCAGCGCCGGCCCUUCUCCCACCCCUGCUGAACCCUCCACCUGACCGAGCGGCCCCGGGACCCGUUCUCCCCACCCACUGCACACUCCCGGUCACGCCGAGCUCGUUCCCACCCCUCCGACGUCUCACCUUGACAGCGUCCCGGGGAACAACCUCGUCUCCCCUCACUCUGAAGCCCUCCACCCUGGACGAGACGUCCUAA